AUACAAAAUAAUAAUAAUAAUAAUAGAUAACAAGAGCGAGAGAGAGAGAAAAAAAAAGAAAAAAAUGGGCAGCGCAAAUAGUGAAGUAGAGAACUCAUAUGACAACAAUGUUACUCAAUCAAGCAUUGAAAUAGAGGAUGCGGGCGAUGAAGAGAAGUACCACCCGAUCGAGGAGGUGCGGCUAACUGUGCCGCCAACAGACGACCCGACCCUGCCGGUGCUAACUUUCCGGACGUGGUUCCUAGGGCUCACCUCGUGCGUCCUGCUGGCGUCCGUGAACCAAUUCUUCGCGUACCGCCAGAACCCAAUAGGCCUGUCUGCUCUGACCGUGCAGAUCGUGGCCCUUCCGAUUGGGAGGUUCAUGGAACGAUUCCUGCCCACCACGACUUUCCGCGUGCCGUUGACCGGCUGGUCCUUCACUCUCAACCCCGGCCCGUUUAAUGUCAAGGAGCACGUUUUGAUUCUCCUGUUUGCGGGGACGGGGGCCUCUGGGGUGUAUGCGGUCGGGAUUGUCAGCAUCGUUAAGGCAUUUUAUCACCGGAAGAUGAAUAUGGGGGCCGCCUGGCUGUUGGCACAAACCACACAGUUGCUAGGAUAUGGAUGGGCUGGUAUAUUCAGGAAAAUCCUGGUGGACUCUCCCUACAUGUGGUGGCCUGAUAGCAUGGUUUUAGUGUCCCUCUUCAGAGCAUUGCAUGAAAAAGAAGCGAGACCCAAGGGAGGACUAUCACAACUGCAAUUCUUUAUAGUGGUUACUGUUUCAAGCUUCGCGUACUACAUAGUCCCUGCCUAUCUAGCCCCUUCCAUUUCUUCCAUUUCUAUCCUCUGUUUAAUCUACAAGGACAAGAUACUCCCCCAGCAAAUUGGGUCGGGCCUUCACGGGAUGGGAAUCGGGUCGUUCGGCCUGGACUGGUCCACCAUCACCUUCGCGGGCAGCCCAAUAGCUACCCCAUUUUUUGCCAUUGCCAACAUGCUAGUCGGCUUCUUUCUAUUCAUGUACAUUGUCUUGCCGUUGUCUUAUUACAACAAUUUUUUCGAUGCCAAGAAAUUCCCGUUAUUUUCGAGCAGCACGUUCGACCACUACGGGCACCACUACAAUAUCACGCGUGCUCUCAACGAGACCAGUUUUGAUCUUGACAUGAUUGGGUAUAGAGGUUACAGCAAAUUAACAAUUUGGUCUCUGUGGAGCAAAACAAAGGAAAACCUGGAAGGGAAAAUGGACGUGCACACGAGAAUAAUGAGAAAGAACUAUGAAACGGUGCCCGACUGGUGGUUCCACGUACUUCUGGUCAUCGUGUUUUGCCUUUCAAUGUUCAACAUUGUCGGUUUCAAUGGACAGCUCCAACUCCCCUGGUGGGGACUUGUGAUGGCCUGUGCUAUAGCUUUUUCCUUUACUUUACCCAUCGGCAUAAUACAGGCCACGACAAACAUGCAAAUCGGGAUUAACGUGAUUACGGAGAUGAUUAUCGGCUACAUUUACCCGGGUAGACCUCUCGCGAACGUCACUUUCAAGACAUACGGUUUGAUAAGCAUGUCACAAGCGCUCGACUUUGUCAGUGACUUCAAAUUCGGCCUCUACAUGAAGAUCCCGCCCAAGUCCAUGUUCAUCUGUCAGCUGGUGGGAACAAUAGUUGCAUCCUCCGUGUGCUUCUUCACCGCCUGGUGGCUCCUAACCACGGUCGACCACGUAUGCGACCCGUCCCUUCUGCCCGAAGGCAGCCCGUGGACCUGCCCGUGGGACGCUGUCUUCUACAACGCCUCCAUCAUAUGGGGCGUAAUCGGGCCUCUCCGCGUGUUUGCGUCUCGAGGAGUGUACGGUUCAAUGAACUGGUGGUUCCUGUUCGGCCUGCUGGCACCUGUCCCUUUCUACCUCCUCGGCCGCCGCUACCCGAACAAAAAAUGGCUGAGGCUCGUUAAUGUGCCACUCGUGCUGUCGGUUGCCGGCAGCAUGCCGCCUGUUCGGUCAGUGAACUACCUGAUGUUGGGGGUGGCUGCGGUUUUCUUCAACGUGUAUUUGUACAGGUGCCACAAGCGGUGGUGGGCCACAAGGGCCUACGUGUUGGCGGCAGGACUAGAUGCAGGGAUAGGGUUCCUGGGACUGCUGCUGUUCUUCACGCUGCAGUCUAAUGAUAUCUUUGGCCCGGAGUGGUGGGGCCUCCAAGUGGAUGACCACUGCCCGCUGGCCAGCUGCCCUACGGCGCCUGGGGUGGUGGUCGAGGGCUGCCCGAUGGCCGGAAUCGACACUGAGCCAAUCGUCGACGGCAACGAGUUACCGGUGCAGAACACCCUUCAAACUGGUCUUGAAAUUGAUGGUGCGGAUGACCGAAAUGACUGCCCGAUAGAGCAGGUGAGGCUGACGGUGUCGCCGGACGACGACCCAUCCCUGCCGGCCCUCACGUUCCGAACAUGGGUCAUCGGAAUCAUGGCGUGCGUGUUGCUGGCCUACAUAAACCAGUUCUUCAGCUUCCGGCAGAACAGCCUGUCCGUGUACCCUGUUGUGGUGCAGAUCGUGAGCCUCCCGAUUGGGCGGUUCAUGGCGAGGGUGCUGCCGGCGGCCGACAUAACGGUGCCCUUCACUCGGGGUUGGUCUUUCUCCCUCAACCCGGGCCCAAUCAACCUCAAAAGAGCACGUGCUCAUCAGUAUUUUUGCCACAUGCUUGGUUAUGGUUGGGCUGGUAUAUUUAGGAACAUCUUGGUUGAUUCCCCUUACAUGUGGUGGCCUGAAAACAUGGUUGCUGUCUCUCUCUUCAGGGCACUACACGACAAGGAAGUGAGAACCAAUGGAGGCCUAACACGUCUGCAGUUCUUCCUAGUGGCAUUUGUAUCAAGUUUCGCAUACUACAUCGUCACAGGCUAUUUAGCCCCCUCAUUUUCCUCAAUCUCCAUCCUCUGCUUGAUUUUCAAGAAAACGAUAUUCCCAAAGCAACUCGGGUCAGGCUUGCACGGCUUGGGAAUUGGCUCUUUUGACCUCGACUGGUCCACAGCCAACUUCAUUGGCAACCCCAUUUCGACUCCAGGCUUUGCAAUAAUUAACACAAUUAUUGGCUUCUUCCUCGUCAUGUAUGUUAUGACCCCAUUGGUUUACUUCAACAAUGUGUACCAUGCCAAGAGGUUCCCCAUCUUCUCGAGCCAUACGUUUGAUGUCACUGGUCAGACGUACAAUAUAUCGCGUGUACUCAAUGAUGCUACCUUUGAUCUCAACUUAGCCGGGUAUCAUGGUUACAGCAAGUUGUACCUCAGCAGCUUCUUUGCUUUCACCUACGGCAUGGGAUUUGCUUCACUGACCGCCACCAUUAGUUAUGUUGUUCUUAAUCAUGGGAAAACUAUAUGGGCUAUGUGGAGGAAGACGACGGAAGUUAAGCACGGGAAACUAGAUGUGCACGGGAGAUUAAUGAAGACCAACUAUGAGACGUGGGGGCUUAUCCUGGCUUGUGCUAUGGCUCUUUUCUUCACACUACCAAUCGGCAUAAUUCAGGCCACCGCAAAUCAGCAAAUCGGGCUAAACAUCAUAACCGAGAUGGUUAUCGGUUUCAUUCACCCAGGGAAGCCCCUUGCGAAUGUUACGUUCAAAACAUACGGUUACAUAAGCAUGUCACAAGCACUCCGUUCCACAUCCUGGUGGCUACUCUCGUCCGUCGACUACAUUUGCAACCCAGCCCGGUUGCCUAAAGGGAGCCAGUGGACUUGCCCGGGUGGCGAGGUCUUCUACAACGCGUCCAUCAUAUGUGCGGAUGUUUGCAGGCCAAGGGGUGUACGGAGCCAUGAACUGGUGGUUUCUGGUGGGCCUUGUGGCCCCUGUCCCAGUCUACCUGCUCGGGCGCAAGUAUCCUCACAAGAAGUGGAUAAGUCUCGUCAACGUAUGAGCGCCACCGCCGGCAAGGGCCGUCAACUUCAUCAUGUGGGGGGCGGCGGGCAUCUUCUUCAACAUCUACUUAAUAAGAAGGUUGCGGGGCCCCACUGGUGGGGGCUGGAAGCGGACGAUCACUGCCCGACCGAACCAGGGAUGACCGGAAUCAACACCGACGGCCGCGAGUCACUGGAGAACAAGCCCCCUCACGCCAGUGUUGAAAUUGAUGAUGAUAAAGGCGGUGCGGUUGACGAGAACGACUGCCCGAUCGAGCAGGUGCGGCUGACGGUCUCGGCGGAUGACGACCCGUCCCUGCCGGCGCUGACUUUCCGGACGUGGGUCAUUGGGCUCUCGGCGUGCGUGAUUCUGGCCUUCAUCAAUCAGUUCUUCGGCUACAGGCAAAACAGCCUCUACAUAUCGCCCGUCGUGAUGCAGAUCUUGAGCCUCCCAAUUGGGCGGUUCAUGGCAAGGGUGCUGCCCGAAGCCGAGAUAACAGUCCCGUUCACUCGGGGUUGGUCCUUUUCCCUAAACCCGGGGCCCUUCAACCUCAAGGAGCACGUGCUCAUCAGUAUUUUCGCAGGGUGCGGGUCCUCGGGUGUUUACGCCAUAUCCAUUGUGACAAUUGUGAGGGCUUUUUAUCACCGUCAGCUGCAUCCCGUGGCCGCUUGGUUGUUGGCUCAAACAACGCAGAUGCUUGGUUAUGGUUGGGCUGGUAUAUUUAGGAACAUCUUGGUUGAUUCCCCUUACAUGUGGUGGCCUGAAAACAUGGUUGCUGUCUCUCUCUUCAGAGCCUUGCACGAGAAGGAAGCCCGAAGCAAAAGAGGCCUAACCCGCCUGCAAUUCUUCCUAGUCGCAUUCAUAUCAAGCUUUGCGUACUACAUUGUCCCUGGCUACUUAGCCCCUUCAUUAUCCUCUAUCUCCAUUCUAUGCCUCAUAUACAAAGACAAGAUAUUCCCCCAACAAAUUGGGUCAGGCAUGCAUGGCAUGGGAAUUGGCUCUUUUGGCCUCGACUGGGCCACAGCCAACUUCAUAGGCGACCCAAUUUCCACACCAGGCUUUGCAAUCAUAAACAAACUCGUCGGCUUCUUCUUUGUCAUGUACAUAAUGACCCCAUUGGUGUACUUCAACAACUUGUACCAUGCCAAGAGGUUCCCGAUAUUCUCAAGCAAAACGUUCGAUGUGAGUGGCCACUCGUACAACAUCUCCCGUGUACUAAAUGAUGCCACUUUUGAUCUCAACUUGGCUGGAUAUCACAGUUACAGCAAGUUGUACCUUAGUGUUUUCUUUGCCUUCACAUACGGCCUUGGAUUCGCUUCGCUGUCCGCCACCAUUACUUAUGUUGUGCUCAAUCAUGGGAGCAAUAUAUGGGCUAUGUGGAGAAAGACAAAGGACGUUAAGGGUAGUAAACUGGAUGUGCAUGGGAGAUUAAUGAAGACCAACUAUGAAGCUGUGCCAAACUGGUGGUUUUACUCGAUUCUUGGGGUCGUUUUUUGUCUCUCUUUGUGGGCCUGCGAAGGUUUUGGCAAGCAGCUCCAACUCCCUUGGUGGGGGCUUAUCCUGGCUUGCGCCAUGGCUCUGUUCUUCACCCUACCAAUCGGUAUCAUUCAAGCCACCACGAAUAAGCAAAUCGGGCUAAACAUCAUAACCGAGAUGGUGAUUGGUUACAUUUAUCCAGGGAGACCCCUUGCGAACGUUACUUUCAAGACCUACGGUUACAUAAGCAUGUCCCAAGCGCUCGGGUUCGUAAGUGAUCUCAAAUUGGGCCAAUACAUGAAGAUCCCCCCCAAGUCCAUGUUCAUCGUUCAGUUAGUAGGGACCAUAGUUGCAUCGACCGUGUGCUUCAGCACGGCCUGGUGGCUACUCUCGUCCGUCGACAACAUCUGCAACACGGCCCUUUUGAAAGACGGGAGCCCGUGGACCUGCCCUGGGGACGAGGUCUUCUACAACGCGUCCAUCAUAUGGGGCGUUAUCGGGCCCCUGCGGAUGUUUGCGGGCCAGGGAGUGUACGGCGCCAUGAACUGGUGGUUCCUGGUGGGCCUUGUGGCCCCUGUCCCAGUCUACCUGCUCGGGCGCAAGUACCCGCACAAGAAGUGGAUAAGUCUCGUCAACGUGCCCCUCGUAAUGAGCGCCACUGCCAGCAUGCCGCCGGCGAGGGCCGUCAACUUCAUCAUGUGGGGGGCCGCGGGCAUCUUCUUCAACAUCUACUUGUAUAGGGCCCACAAGAGGUGGUGGGCCCGCCACGCGUACGUCCUGUCGGCGGCCCUCAACAGCGGGAUUGCCUUCAUGGCGGUGCUUCUGUUCUUCACCCUGCAGUCGAAGAAUAUUGUGGGUCCCGAAUGGUGGGGGCUGCAAGCGGACGACCACUGCCCGCUGGCCACUUGCCCGACCGAGGCAGGGGUGGUGGCCAAGGGAUGCCCGCGCAAAGCUAUUGAAAAGAUAAAAGAUACUGAGGUGAAGGAAGUUUCAUCAGGUGCAACACCUUCAAAAACAGCAGAUGAGGGUUCAAACCAGAAGAGCAGUACUCACAAGUCACAAGUCGACCAGUUUCUGAGCAGGAUUUGGAUGUUUUUCUUCUGGGAGAUCUGGAUGAUGGAGAUGAUGGUCCGGAUUAUGGAGACAAUGGCUUUGAUGAUGAUUUUGAUAAAAUAG